GGCAGGCGGCCAGCCCUCGCCCCCGCCGCCCGGCUGCGGCUGCCGCGCCCCUAGCCCCCCGCCGCAGGGAAGGGGCAGCAGCGACUGCCAGGCGGGAGAGGAGAGGAGCCCGGCGGCUCGGCUCGGGCAGCGCGCUGCGGCUGGGUCUCCGGGGAUGGACUGGGCUUCGCCCUUCGCCUCAGUCUGCGCGCGGAGAGGAGGGCGGUGACCGGCCGCCCAUCCCGCCGGCGAGGAGAGGCACCCCCGCCCGCGCCGCCGGGCCGGCAAGACCCUGCUCACGCCCGGUUAAAUGUCACGGCUCCCCGGCUGCUCCCCGCCGCCGCCCCGCGCGUCGCUCACCUCGGGAGGGGGCUGUGAAGGUGGCGGCAGCGGCAGCCCCGGCUGCGGCGCGCCCCGCCGCCGCUCGCCGUGAGGGAGCGCCCAGGCAGCCGCCAGUUAGCGAGCAGUGGAGCUGGAAAACUUGGCAGCAAACUCUUUGUCUUUCCUGCUUGUUUCUGUGGAGCCUGUAUUUUGCAAGGUUGAUAUGAAAAUAAGCAGUCUGGAUGAGGGAAGUAGUGGAAGACUAUCACCACAAGUGUGAGCAAUGAACAGUUUCAACCUGGUGCAGUGAUUGUCUCCAGGACUUGGACCACUAAGUCUUAAGGUUUGUUUCAAGCAUUCUGAGUGUGGUGCCAUGAGAGAUGCUGUUGUCCAUGACAGGUUGGGAUUAUCAUGAUCAAGUACUCUAUUUUGACUUCACUGAGUGGCAAAAAGAUUUGUAUGGUAAAGAGGAAGUAUUGGACUUUUAAAAGCAUUAAACAGGCCCGUGACGGAGGGUUAGACUGGAUCAGUGGAGUCAUGCGUCACACAGCUGUAUCAUGCUGGCAGCCAUUCCUGGGUCUGGCUGUGCUGCUAGUCUUCAUGGGCCCCACCAUAGGCUGCCCGGCCCGCUGUGAAUGCUCAGCACAGAACAAGUCCGUCAGCUGUCACCGAAGGCGUCUGAUGUCCAUCCCAGAGGGCAUUCCCAUUGAGACCAAAAUCUUGGACCUCAGCAAGAACCGGUUGAAGAGCGUCAACCCUGAGGAAUUCACAUCAUACCCUUUGCUGGAGGAGAUUGACCUCAGUGACAAUAUAGUUGCCAAUGUGGAGCCUGGAGCCUUUAACAAUCUCUUCAACUUGCGCUCCCUGAGGCUGAAAGGAAAUCGUCUGAAGCUGGUUCCCCUUGGGGUGUUCACUGGGUUGUCAAACUUAACAAAACUUGAUAUAAGUGAAAAUAAGAUUGUCAUUUUGCUGGACUACAUGUUCCAAGAUCUGCAUAACCUAAAGUCCCUGGAGGUUGGGGACAAUGAUUUGGUUUAUAUAUCACACAGGGCUUUUAGCGGACUGCUUAGCCUGGAGCAGCUCACCCUGGAAAGAUGCAACCUCACAGCUGUACCAACAGAAGCUCUUUCUCACCUCCACAACCUCAUCAGUCUCCAUCUGAAACAGCUCAACAUUAAUGCUUUGCCUGCGUAUGCCUUUAAAAGACUGUUUCGCCUGAAAGACCUAGAGAUAGAUGCCUGGCCCCUCCUGGACAUGCUGCCUGCCAACAGUCUGUAUGGUCUCAACCUUACUUCUCUCUCCAUCACCAACACCAACCUGUCUGCAGUACCUUACUCUGCUUUUAAACAUCUGGUUUACCUGACACAUCUAAACCUCUCUUACAACCCUAUCAGCACCAUUGAAGCAGGCAUGCUUUCAGAUUUAGUGCGCCUGCAGGAACUCCACAUGGUGGGGGCCCAGCUACGUACCAUUGAACCACAUGCUUUCCAAGGGCUCCGAUUCUUACGCGUGCUUAAUGUGUCCCAAAACCUGCUAGAAACCCUAGAAGAGAAUGUAUUCCACUCCCCCAAAAGCCUUGAGGUCCUCUGCAUUAACAACAACCCUCUGGCCUGUGACUGCCGUCUCCUUUGGAUUUUACAGAGGCAACCCACUUUGCAGUUUGGAGGCCAGCCGCCGAUGUGUGCUGGUCCAGACAGUGUCAAAGAGAGGUCAUUCAAAGACUUUCACAGCACAGCUCUUUCCUUUUACUUCACCUGUAAGAAGCCCAAGAUACAAGACAAGAAGUUGCAAUACCUGGUAGUGGAGGAAGGGCAGACAGUGCAGUUGAUCUGCAAUGCUGACGGUGAUCCGCAGCCUACCAUAUCCUGGGUUACCCCGCGUCGGAGGCUGAUCACAACUAAAUCAAACGGAAGGGCCACUGUGCUGGGAGAUGGCACCCUGGAGAUCCGAUUUGCUCAAGACCAGGACACUGGGAUUUAUGUUUGUAUUGCAAGUAACGCAGCGGGGAAUGACACUUAUUCGGCCUCCCUUACAGUAAAGGGGUUUACUUCAGACCGUUUCCUUUACGCCAACAGGACCCCUAUGUAUAUGACAGACUCCAACGACACAAGUUCCAAUGGAACUAAUGCGAACACCUUCUCUCUGGACCUUAAGACAAUAUUGGUGUCCACAGCUAUGGGCUGUUUCACAUUCCUUGGAGUGGUUUUAUUUUGUUUCCUCCUUCUUUUUGUGUGGAGCCGAGGGAAAGGCAAACACAAAACCAGCAUUGACCUUGAAUAUGUCCCUCGCAAAAACAAUGGUGCUGUGGUUGAAGGGGAGGUUGCUGGACCACGAAGGUUCAAUAUGAAAAUGAUUUGAUGGUAUUCUGCUAGCAGUGCUUUUUCUGUGGCAUUAAAACCAAUUAAACCAGCCUGGCAUGUGGAAUUGCUGGGCAGAAGCAGCUUAAUGCAGCUGUCACUGUAUCAAAAGGUUACAUGAAAAUGGAAAGACUAUUUGUGGUUAUACAGCAGAGCCUCCAGACCUUGAGGCAGAUAUGUCAGGGCCUUUCAUAGAACUGGUAAAUAGUACCAACUGUUUGCAUUGCAAAUAUUGGCAUUCUGGGGAUAUCAGCAAUGAACCGCUGGCUCAUGCUCAUGGACAAUUGUUCAACAUUUUCUACCACUACAAAAAGAAAAAGAAAAAAAAAAAAGCCUACAGUGUAGGAUUUACAUACUUAAGGAAAAAGACACAUUUGUCUAAAACAUACUCUACAGUGAAAUUUGUAUCUAUAGAUCUCAUUUGGUAAAACCUUGCAUCAUCCCUUCUAGUUGGUUCAACACCACAAAAAAAUUGGUAGUUUUUUUUAAUCUACAUCUAUACUGUGUACAUUUUAAAGCAAUACAAAUGAGAGGUUGUGCUUUUAGAUAUCCACCAAUACUGACCCAAGUGUGAUGUCACCCUCCUUUUAACUACCAUCUAACCCAAAUUAGACUCUUGUAGUUAACAAUUAGAAAUUACAUCAGAUAUUUUUCUCCUCAUGUAGAAGGCCAGAGAUGAAUAGUUGAGAGCAAAAAUGCUCAGCUCUGUUAUCUUCUCUUCAUAUAAAUAUAAGGCAUGUGCCUAGUUUUGAUACAGAAUGGAAUAUUUUUUAUAUCUGUGAUAUCACACUGGACCAGUUUACUGUAACAUAGCCCUGGAUCUCACCAGGGAAGGCAACCCCUAGACAUUGCUGGCAUAGAGUUGAGUUCUACCUUGAAGAGAGCAAGCUAGUUUUGUUAGCCCUGAUUUUAAUUUCAAAGCUCCUGUUAAAAUGUUCAUAUGUGCUGGGAAAAAGAAAUAAUGUAAUGCAUUCUGCAUACUCCUUGGGAAAUAUGGUCAUCUUACUACUUAUAUGAGUGAAUUGAAACAUACAAAAGCUCUGCUACUAAGAAUGAACUCUUCUCCAAUGCCAAGUAAACUAUGGUUGUCCAUGCAUAGUAUGGGGAUUUUAAUACUAAGAAAAUGUUUAAAACAUGGUAGCCUCAAAAAGGCUAACAUACUGCCAGAUAUAAUGAACCUCUAGCCACUGUCAUUCUCAUCUUGUAUAUUUGUAGAUAACACAUAAACACAAAGCUAAUUUCCAAGAACAGAUUACUUAGCUAUUCUUGAUGCCAUUUUACUAACUAUGUGGUUAUGUUUCUUUCAGGGGCAGUAUCUUAGAGCAAGAGGGGCAAGUUUUUCCAGGUUUUAGGAAGUUUUUUAAUGGAGAGAAGACAGAAGUGGAAUGUUAGUUCAGUACAAGUAAUGGUUUUUGUUUUAUAGGUCUAAACAAACCCUCAGAAGGCUCAGAACUGAAACUUUAUUCUUUAUCCUUUAUCGUUGAUAACCACUUUUCUUAUUUUGAAAUUCUCAGCAAUGGGAAGAUACGGAGUUGUUCAGCCACCUCUCAAUUUUCCAGCAAUUAUGAGCCAUAGGUUUGUUGCUAAGUGAAUGAUAACAAAUACAAUUUAUAAAUGAUUGGCAUAACCAGAAGUAAGGAUAAUUAUGACUAUGUACAUGUUUAGCCAAAAUGAAUAUUAAAAUAUUAUAAGACAGAACAUUCUGUGUCCAAUCUUAAAAUUAGAUUUCAGCACUUUGAAACCAAAGUCAGGCUGACCUAUAAUGGCAUGCAGGUGCUUCUAAAAUUAAUAUUCACAUUCUUUGGCAGAGAUUUUCUAAGCAGGAUAUAAAUCUCCCACUCUUAUCGAGGGAAAUGUGCCAAAAAUUUGUAAUAUCCAGCUGUGCUCCCCAGGUGUACCCCUAACAUAGCUGUAGGACCCAAGGCUAGGCAGUUUUGAGAAUCUCUUUUCUUAGUAGUUGAUCUUUGGUUGCAUCGUUGCUCCAUUUUAGGUCACCAAACUGAGGAGGAUGCAAGAGUUGAUACAUUUUCUUCACUUUAGUUGAUUUUAAGUUUAGAGUUGUGUUUUCUUUUUUUUGCUUCCUUUUUUUUAUGCUCUGAACUAGAUAGCUGGAGAUUUAUGAAGAUGCUUGAGACUAAUCCUCUUUGUUCUCUGACAGUUUGUAGAACGUUAAGGAAAUGGAAUAACCCCUGACUAAAUUCUAUCACCAGGGAAAUUAUUUUUGCUGAUAUAAUAACCACCGCACUGAAGUCCAAAACUCUACUGUACCUUAAUGUGGGCAGUUAAAGAAACAAAUGGGGAUAAAACAAAGUGUUUCUGAACUGCCCAUUGAAGACAUUUGCAUGUGCCUUUCCCUUGUAAUUGUCAUUUUUUCAACCAGUAAUCUAUUACCCCUGCAGUCAUUUCAUGUUAAGUGUUAAAAUCAAUGUUAGAAGCAAAAAUUCUCCUAAAUUCUAGACAGUUGCAGCUGAUUGCUUCAUACUAAAUGACACAAUAAAAAAAAAAUCUAAAAAAAAAAACCUAGAAAAAAUGUGCUUUUAGGAUUAAUUAUGAAUUUCUGAAGUCCCCUCUUCCCUUAGAAUGACUCUAAAAAGUGAUUGCAUUGUUAGUGCACUGCAAGGAUUUCUGAGACGUAAUGUGCUUAGUUACCUAUGUGAAAUGUGUGCUGGUGAUGAAAAUCACCGCUUGCUCUUGCUGAGCACCACCUUGCAGAGCUGUCAGCGUUGUGUGUAUGGCCUUGAGUUCAGUCAGUAUUCAGUUUUUAAGAAUCAGUGUUCGCUCCCUGCCUCUAGCAAUGUUCUACUUUUUGCAGCCUACUUAUUUCACCGUAGACUUGGCAAGGCAUAUGGCAUUUCUUAACGUAAGUGAGGACAGCAAAACUCAGAGACAAGCUUUUAUCUUGCUCCACAUAAUCUUCUUUAUCUGUAUUUGUGGGACACGUGCUCACAGUGGCCAUUUUGGGUGGAUAAUGAAUACAGUGUCAAGGUCAUACCUAGAUAUGCACCUUUUUGGCAAUUCUUUUAAUAACAGAGUGUCUGCCUACCCUGGGUCUUGAACGAUUCACUUCUCCAUCACUGCUACAGAUCAAGGAGACACCACGGUUUAUCUUACUACAGGGGAAAAAAAGAACUGGACUGUGAGGAGGCAUCUGGCCCACAUGGCUCCCCUAUCAUAUAUUCAGAAACAGGUGGACAGUGUGUACCUGCGCUAAAAGAGGGAAAUAAGGUUUUUCCUCUACCUCUGACUUGUGUACUGGCUGCCCCCCAACACUGGCACAAGGCCCAGCCUGAGCUUACCUGAUGGUCAGUGCAACAAAGCUCUGAGGAGUGGCAAUAGUUCUGCAGAAAAGCAGAAAACUGCAAAUGUCAAAACCAGAAGAGCGACUUGAGAAAGCAGGUACCACAGUAUCCUUGUUAAUAAUUCCCAUAAUUCCCAGUGCUAAGCCUCCUACAAAUACAUUUUGAAGUCCACAUCCACAGAACAGUACUCCUCUUUCAUAAUGGAUGGAUGUACAAGUGCUCAGACUUCCCACGAGUGAGUUAAAGAGAGCGCUGCAGCAACUUAUUAAGAAAAGCAUUUGCAAUGAUAUAAGGACAGAUAUAAGACUAAGCAGUGCCCCAUCUCAACCUUAUUUUUAGGUUUUGAGGUGCUUUUCUUUCCCACCCCUGACCCCCCCUUCUUCCUUUCUUAUUAACUUGGCACCAUUCUUUUGAGAAAGGCUUCGUCCACAACAUCAGCUUGGGUAAAUUCAGAUUGGGACACUGCUUUUACCCUCUGUUCCCCUCUCCCUCACCAUUCACAGAGGCUCUCAGUGCCAACAGGGUCAACAGCUCCAGACACAAAUGAAAUCAGCCAGGAGACUCUCAGCCCCUGUCAAUACAAGCUGAUGCCACUAGGUACUUUUUUCAACUAAACUUUUUUUAAUUAAGUUAACGUCAUUGUCAUACUGCCAUUCAAGGUUUUGUUUAUGUGAAUGGUAGCUGUCUUUUUUUCCUUAUUUCUUACGUCAUGGUAUUGUAUCACCCAUGAUGGUAACAAUUAUCCCACAAUAAAGAAAAUCAAGAAAGCAAGCUACCUUACACCUUCAACACCACAAAUUUUAUUUGAGGCAUAUGAGACACAGUAAGAAGUCAGCGUUAAUAUUUAAUGGAAAGUCUUAUCUAAACCUUGUGAUAGAAUAAAAUUGGUGCAGAGGUGCAGAGAAUGUAGGUCAUGUUGCAACUGAAUCACAUCAAAGACAGGUAGAAAUAGACUUUUUCUACACCAUGCCUAGAUAUCUGUUUUAGAUAUUGGACUUUUCCGGAGAAACUUUCAAGAUGUGUGAAUGCCAGAAUUCCACAUUUAACCCAUAAAAAGACAAAGCAUUGGCUGAAAAUCCAUUAGAGUAAGCAGCUUCUGGCUGCCCAAGGACAACAGCAGCUUCUAGCAAAGUCAGCCGGGAAACUGUAGUCAUAUAGUUAUUUUGCCUCAUCCGCUACUGCAUCCUGUGAAAAAAGGGUCCAUUAUCCAGUAAUAAAACAGACGAUCCUUACUCAUUCUUCUUCAGAGAGGGCAACAUUUGUGUAAAUAAGCUACAGCCUCUUCCACUCCAUCCCCAGGAGUGAAACAUCCAGAAAGAAGUGAGGAAGGGGAAGACUAUUCUGUCCAGUUUGCUAAUUUUCUUUUCCCCCUGGAUGAUCCUAGUCUACCUGGGGCUAGCGUGGUGACUGCUCUCUCCACUCUCAUCCUCUCAGCUCACAAUGUGGCCUGACAUGGAGUAGCAGGGAAAGGAGCACGUGGCCAAGCUGUCCCUCCUCCCUGAGCUGUAACUCUGGUCUUUUCAAAUAAAAAAAGUAGAGCAGCAGCAGUAUCUUAGAAACUGCAGUCUUCUGCAGUAACAGCCGUAAGACAACAUGUGGGAAAACACUAGAUACAUGCUUUCUGACCUCGUUUCAGUAUCCUAGGUGAUUGCUUUUUGUACUAAAAAGAACUAGGAAAGAAGAACUAAAAAACUUUCAUCCAGUAAUUUAAAAGUUAAUUGUGCCUGCAGAGGUUAAAAGAACAUUUUUGGAAAAGGCAAAGGGCCUGAUUGCUGGAGAAUCACUGAAACAAUGAAUGAGAUUUUUCAAGUUAGCUAAGCAAUUUGGAUGCCCCCUUCCUAUCACCUGUAAUAAGAAUUACAAACUCAGUUUUCCUUCGCAGCUUAGAGGAAUCACAGCCAGUUGGUUCAGUGAUACAUGCUCCCUUUGCCGGCCUCCUAGCUCUGCACUCUUCCCUUCUAAGUUUCAAAUGAUUGUGAUGUCAAAUGCAGAUCUCUGGUUUUGGUUUACUUUCACUGCAUGUUCACGUGGCUUUUGGAAUCUAGAUCUCAAAGCAGGAUCUUAAACCUUCUUCAGAUCAAUAAGUAAAAUAAAAAAGGAAGAAGAUUGAGUAAACCUCCUCCUGCAAAUGAAAUAAAACAAAUUCUGUGAGCUUCUUGCUACUGAGAUAGUUACAUGCCAAAAGCAAUACGCAGGUUAAAGAAGUCUGAGUCUUUUUUUUUCUUUUUUUUUUUUUUUUCACUAGAACCAGGUGGUUGGAUAUGAGGCCAGCUGGAAAUAAAAACCUGUAUUUAUAACCUCAGCAGAAUAAGGAAAGUGCUGUCACAGUCAAGAAAAUGUUCCAUGUUAUUUCAACUUAAAUUUAAGGAUACGUUAUCCUUCAUAUUCAAAUAGUUCAUAGAAAAGUACAAAAGAGCAGAAUCUCACCUCAUAAUUUGAUUAUUUGUAUUUACUCAAACUGGUACCAAAAUUGUCAUAAAGCAGACAUGUUGAAGCAAGAGACUGAAAACAGAUUUUCUACUCUAGUCAGGCAAUAUAAAUCAGGAUAAAUCCUCUUGACGCUGUUCUGUUACUCCUUGGUUACGCUAGAAAUUUGAUAAAGGAAUCUAGGUUUUUUGCUUUCUACUAAGUGGGCUAUAGUGGAAAAUAAGCAGAGCUUAUGUUUUAAUUAUUUCUCACCUUGUGGCAUACCUUCUGUUCUGGAUUGCUUUAAUAUUUACCACUGCUAACUGAGCUGGAGCAUAUGAAAAUGUAGAUUCUAGGAAGAAAAGAACAAAAGGCAAAAGAAAAAGAAAAAGACAAACCUUAAAGGUGUCUGCCUGUUUCGGUGUGUGGUAUUUCCAAGUCAACAACAUUAUCUCCUCACACAUAAGCCAAGAACAAUGGCAUGAAAUUUCAAGGCAGGUGUGAAGAUGGUUUUCAACUUGUACACAUGUUACUAAUUUUAAUCUUUCAGAAAACAAAAUAUUAUUACUUCUUAAAGAAUUCAUUUAUGUCAUUUUGAUACCUAAAAGAAAAUGACACUUUGGCUUCAUUACACUGGGCACAGUAUAAGUAGGAAGUAAAUGACAACCCUGAUCUGGUGAGCUUACAGCCAUAUAGUAGGAAGUUGGCUUCUGGGCAAGUACAUAUGAUAGCAAGUCUCUUAUUGUUUGGGGAGGGAAUGCCAUAGUGCGUAUAUAUUAAAUUAUCAUCACACUUACUGAAAUCUAUUUGCAAGCACAUGUAGUUCAUAUGUAUAUGUUUGUGUGUGCAAAAAAAGUUAUAUUUGUUUUGUUCUUUUCUUACUUCAAGUAUUAAAUGUAUAUUGUUUUUAAAAGGUGACAAGGUUAACCAGAAAAAAUGUGUUGUACUUUAUUUUACUAUAUAUGAUCAUAAGUAUGGAUGGGAAAUGAAACGGCCUUGCUGUUAUGGUCCAUGAAGCACAUGACAAGUUGGGUUUGUCCAUAAGUUCGCUUCAUGUUUGAGCAAAAUAUGCUAAUAUAAUGGAAAAAAAAAAAAAAGGCAAAAAAAAAAGCUUUGUUUGUCAAGACAGUUGUCCUGAAUGUCAUUUUAAAAGUUAAUUUAGGGCUUAUGUCAUGAUGUGUAUCAUACUUAUCCAAAAUGAAACCCAAAUAAAUAAUUCCAUGGAGUGGCAAAAUUUACUGGGAAAAGUGAAGAACAUUUACAUUGCUUUCCCUAUUGUAGCUUUUUUUUCAAGGGGUAGUGGACUAACCUAAAAUGAGAAAAAUACAGACCCAAGGUUCUCAGUGCCAAGUCUUCACAACAGGUAAUCUGCUCAGAUCCACCACUCUUGAACUGAGAAUAUUACAGUCAGAGAGAGAAGACUCUAGGAGGUGUUUUUCAUCCACUCACUUUCACUCCUGCUUGAUUGCAUGGGGCCCUUAGACACAGAGAAAAACCCAGGUCACAUUCAGAUAUGUUUUGGGAUUUAUUCUCCAUGCAAAGUGUCCAUCAGCCUGUUUCCUCACUUUCACUUGCACAGUGUGUACAGGUAAUUGGUGGGGAUACUCAUAUGGCUAAUGCUGGAAAGAAAAAGCUUUCCACUUACCAUCACAUGGAGAGCACAGCAGAAAGAGAGAUUUCACCAGCUAUGUGUCACUUGGAAGGCAACCAAUACUGACGAUUUGCAUCUGAAAUGUGGUUUCUAAAGGAAAUCACCAGUAUUCAAACUCCACUGUAACUGCACCAGAAAACUUAAGUGGUGGAAAGUAGAUUCUAUUGAGCUUGAAAGCUAUUCCAAACCCCUGAGGCUUGCCAUGACCCACCAAAUCUAUGACAGAGAUCAGCUUUGAAGAAGGACACAGGCCAAAACCUAAACUAUUGCUAUUCCCAUUCUCCCACAGCUAGAUACUUUCGCCAACAGAGAAUUUUUCUUUCUGGGAUCAUCUGAAAUAAGAUUUAUCAGCCAUGAACCCAUUAUCCUCUAAACCAGGGCCCUAUUCACUAGAAGAGGAAAACAAAGUUGCUAUUUCUACCUCAGGAAAGGAAGCAGCAGGCUGAAAUUCUGCUGGAUUGCUGGGAGCAGAGACAGACAGGGACUGAAUCUGAGCUCUCCUGUGCCUCCUGAAGUCUGUCUUAUCCUUCUGCAUUUGCAUUUGACACCUCCAAAAGGUUUUGGCUGACUUGCACCACCGUACCUUCCUCUGCAACAGAACGUCAAAUGCAAUGAAUCUGUGGGCUAAACUUAACUAUAGAUUAUGUUAAGAAUAUGCUAUAUUUUCAUGUUCUCUUAUUUUGCUUUAAUUUGGUAAUGUGAUGGACAGUCUGCAGUGUACUGCAGUACUGCCUUCAGUAUGACAUGAAAAAAAGAGCCAUUGCUCCUACCACUGCAUUGAGAACAUCGAGUUUGAAAUGAGCAUUGAGUUUCCUUAAAAGGUUUCUCUACCUAAGCUUUAAAUUUCUGUUAUGCAAUUCAAGUUACCUUUUUGGACUACCUGACGUUAUCACAAGAGGUGGAACCUGUUCCUAUAUCACAGGAUCUAAUGUGCAAUUUCCAGUUCAUACAGUAGAAGAAGGUACUAGUUUUCUCCACAAUAACCAGAUAGAGAAAAACACUAUCACUUCAGGCAAUCACCAAUAUAUUAAUUAAAAUAAGCCACAUCAUGGCCAGGGACUAAACAGAAAAAAAUUUUGCUCCCCAGAGCUACUCUUCUCAUAAAAACUUGUAAUAUCUUUAGGUAACUCUUCACAGACAAACACCACUUCAGCUUAUAAAAAGCAUCGAAAAUUUUCUAGAGCACAGUCGCUUUCAUAAUUUUUUGAGAAUAUUUAUACAUUUGCAGAUCCACUAUAGAAGAUUUGCCUCACAAUUAGUAACCCUAUGUUGGAUAUCACAGUAACCUUUAAAUAAACAAAUCUUGAUAUCCAAAGUAUAUUUUAAGAAAUACCUGGGUUUAACAUUUUUGUAUUUAGAAAAGAUAGUGGGAAAUGGGAAAUCAUACUAUUUACCAAUUACUAACUCAAUUCACAGAGACUGAGUUAUUCUCACAUGGGGGAAUGCUCACAGUGAAUUUUCUGCCUCAUAAAACCUUCCCACACACAGCCGUAGAUGACAUGCUAUAAAAAAAGGGCUUUAUUCAUCUUUGAAUUUCGUCUUCUUUUGUUCAACAGGGGGAGAGGCUGGUAAUUCAUGCUGGGAAAUCACAAAUAAUUAUGAAACUACUGGAUUAAGAAACACAGAGUUAUUGCAAAGGACCUGUCCUUGCCGUCUAUAGACUUGGCAGCAGGCUGGGGGAUUUGGUAUAAAUUCCUUCUUUCCUAGAUAUAGCAGAUUCUCCAUAGAAAUUCUUAUUUUGCCUCUGUUCUUGGAAGGAUAAGUUUCAACCUUAGUAAUCAAGGGGAAACAUAGUAUAGUAAGAAGUUAGUAAAAUUGGUUGGAUAGUAGAGAAGAAAAGAAAUUAAAACUUGCAUUAAAAAAAUAUAUGACACCGGUAAUUAGCACCUUGUCUUUUAAAUUAUUUGGGUUUGCAGGAAUUGGUUUAUUAGUUAGUGGCUAGGGGAUUCAUUCAGCUAGUUAAAGCUGCAAUCACCAGCUGGAAAAUCUUAUUUACCUCAUCAGUCCCUCAGUGGAAGUUAUAUUUUUCUGAGCUAUUUUCCAGUAACUUUGCUAUUUGUAUAACUCAAAAGCACAAGUGAUGGAGAGCACACUUAUUUUAUUAUAGGAAGACAAUGAUAAUAAAUUUAAUCUAUUACUUUUGCUACGAGAGAUCUUUACUGUAUGUACAAAGACUAAUAGAUUACAUCCAUUAUAUAAAGUAUUGCUAUCACUAAAACCAAACAACAUCUCGUCUUAAGCUACCGACCUUUGGUGCAUCUGUGUGGUGCAUCAGUUCUAAUGCAUUGCAGAUAAUACUUAGCUUUUACACAGAGAACAGGCGUGCCACACGAAGGGGUUGGAGGCAAUACAGCCCUCUGACUUAUACAAAAGCUUGCAUUUUAAUGGGCCUUACGGAAUCUUGUGUUGGCUUUCGUGAGUUUGGCUGGCUGUCACAUUUUGCUAAAGGAUAUCAGAUCAGCAUUGCCUGACUUGGGGAAGGCAGAGCUGUCGGCAGUUAAUGCAAAUAAAAGGCUGGAACUCAGGAUUUCUGAGCUGUAAUCAAAACCCCUGGGCCUCUAACUCUCUGGAGAAUACAAUACCAAUAUUUACCCUGCAAAAGGAAGAUUCUGCCAUUUUCCUGAGGAUUAUAAAGCCAAGGAGUUACGGUUCGGCCAUGCCUGCAUGAAGAAUGAUAAUUUUGUAUGUAGGUUUGUAUGCUGUAAUAGGCAUUGUUAUCAGACAAACAAAACCUUUUUUUAAGAAACAACCCCUACUGCCCAAAGUGCUCCAGAAGAUGAUGGCAUCAUGGUGACAGCCGUAGUCUGCCCUGUAGUCAGCAUUUCCAACAGCUGUAGAACAGAUGCUCUGGCAGAGGAGUGAAAGUACAUGAAAGAAAAUUGUCAUGAAAGAUGCACACCAACUAGACUGUCUUUUUUUGCAAUUCAGUGGUAUAUUGCAUGAAAGGACCUUUUAAUGCCUCAUUUAAUUAGUGGGUUUGCAAUGCUUGAAAACUAUGAUUCAUCUCCCAAGGAAUCUAGGAAGACUUGUCGCUUUGCCGUUGAUUAUAGAUGAGAGAUGGCAAAAUGAAUGCAAACCACACAUCAAUUGUCAGGUUGUCAAGUGUUACACCAAGCACUCAGACUACUACCACUACUACUACUACUACUACUACUACUACUACUACUACUACUACUACUACUACAAAAACUCUUGCAUUUGGUCCUUCUACAAGACUACCAAAAAUAGGUCCCAUAGUUUUCUACUCUUUGAUCGAAGCUUAUUGAAAGAACGCUAACAUUCCCACAGGUUCUCCAACUCUUUAAUAGAUAAAGUAACAAGUAUCCACUUUUGAAAUUUCUGCUGCCAAUGUUUAUCAUAGGGAAUUUGUCCUGACACUCUGUUUACUCAAUUUGCCACAAUGCUGAAUCAUGGCCAACCUUAUCUUCAUUUUUUAAUCAAAAUUGUUUUCCUUAUACAUGAGCCAAACACUUGGAUCUGCCCCAUUCCCAGCUUCUGCUUUAGCACUGAAGCCAGAAGAAUUUGCUGUGAAUGUCACUGAAGCACAUUUGAUAGUUAAUGGCCAGUUACUGCCUCAUAUCCAGCAGUGACUGGGAACUAUUUCUGAGGUAUGGGCCUAUCUGGCACGAUUAAAAAUAACUGGUCCCUGGGAACAAGAUUAACCAGCGUACGUCCGUUUUUCCAUUGAAGACCACCAUCAGCUCAAGACACUGGAAGGCGUGUGUUGAAGUCAAUAAGAACUGAAGGGAGUACUUGCUGAACGUAUAUGCCAUCUUAGAGAGCUGCACUUAAAAAAGCAUAUGAGAGAUCAGUUUGUCCUUUAUGGCUUAACAUGCUGAAGCAGAAACCCAAACCACUGAAAACGGGAGGAGGGUAUGCAUUAAAGAAACCACAGGCAUUUUGCUCUAGGGGCUUUUAUGCUGUAAGAAUGAAAACUCAGAAAGAUGGAUAAGUGAUGUCCUUGUUGAUGGGAAAAUCAUUUUCUCAGUGUGAUAAAAUGCUCCCUCCAGAUCCUGUCUUAACACAAGGAUUCUCCUCUCUCCUUGUUCAAAAAGGAAAGCUACAAAUCACCUCAUUUCGUAACAAAUACUUUCUUAAAAUGGAGCCUGUUCUGAUCAAAAGAUCAACCCUUCCUGGAUUUUCAACAGCUAUUGUAAUUGUUUUUCAUAGAAAUCGAUUUUAAUUGUAACACUGUUCUGCUACAGCCCUAUUGUCUGUGUCCUUCCGAAUUGUCAGUUACUUAAAAGAAGAAAUAAAAGCUCAAAAGCACAUUGUUGUAAUUGAUUCCUAUGUUUCAACUGUCUAUCAGAAACAAAGUUAUAAAUUUCAU